GGGCCAGAUAUGGUAUAAAAACUCUCAUCAUUGUGCUAGGCAGCAGCAGAUCCUCUGUCUGGCUCCAAGAACAAGGAUAUUCAGAAGUGGGAGCCGCAGCCACAACUUUUUAUUUAUUUGAAACCCAAGUAUGCUGAUUUGACCUCAGAGAAUGGAACUACGAGUAGCAAGCAUUCUUCUUCUCCUGGUUGCCUUGACGGCUGCUCAUGGUGAGAGAUAUGUUGUCAAGAAGGUGGUGAAGGCCCCCCAGUACUCAGUGAAAAGCCAUGUGGUGUCUGUAGCAGGAGAACCAGGUACCCCUGGUGAGCCAGGCCCAGCUGGGCCCCCUGGACCUCAAGGACCCCCAGGAGAAGAUGGUGAAGGGCUGCCUGGGCCACAGGGACCACCUGGACCACCCGGACCUGCUGGUUACUCUGCGCCUGGAAAACCUGGUUCUCCAGGUGGACCUGGAAAACCUGGAGCUACAGGUGCACAUGGACCAAAAGGAGACACUGGUGCAACUGGUCCUCAAGGUCCCAGGGGCAUGCCUGGCCCUGCUGGUAGCCCUGGACCUGCAGGUUUAUCUUCCACAGGCAAACCUGGACCAGCAGGUCUUCAAGGUGCAAAAGGACCAAGGGGGGAGUCAGGUCUUAAAGGACAUCCAGGUAUUCCUGGUAUGAAAGGACAGAAAGGAGAAAGAGGUAUUGGGGUUCAAGGGCCACCAGGCGAGAGAGGUCCAUCAGGGAUAGUGGGUCCUUCAGGGAAGCCUGGUGAGCCUGGUGUUGGAAGGCCUGGCAAAUCUGGACUUCCUGGUGAACCAGGUAAAUCAGGCUCACCUGGUCGUGAUGGGGAACCUGGACCCAUGGGGUUGCCAGGCCAAAAAGGUCAAACAGGACCACCUGGAAUUGGAAUGGCUGGCAAGCCAGGUGAUAAUGGUGCUCCAGGUAUGCCUGGCCCUGCUGGCCCCAAAGGUCCACAAGGAGCGUCUGGUGCUCCUGGUGCUCCUGGAGUUCCAGGUUAUGGCAAACCAGGUGAACCCGGUUUAAAUGGCGACAGAGGACUAGCUGGUAGCCCAGGUGCAACAGGUCCGAAAGGUGAGCCAGGUGCUAAAGGGCACACUGGAUAUCCAGGUGCUACUGGUCCUAUGGGUCCAGCUGGUUCUCAAGGUCAAAGAGGUUUCCCAGGUGGAAGGGGAGCAACAGGUGAUAAGGGUGACCCAGGUGCAAUGGGACCUCCAGGGCUAAAGGGGCACAAGGGAGAACAGGGAGCACAAGGCAUUGAAGGCAAGCAGGGUUAUCUGGGGGCAACAGGCCCAGUUGGUCCAAGGGGAGCUACAGGUGCUCCUGGUAACAAAGGAGAUAUUGGCCACACGGGUGCGUCUGGUACCCCAGGAGCACCUGGACCUGCAGGACCAAAGGGCCUUCAAGGACACACUGGAGCAGCAGGUGAAAGGGGAGAGACAGGUGCUCCGGGGGCAAGAGGCCCUGUCGGCCCAGCAGGUCCUGAAGGUGCACCUGGCCUUAAAGGUCACCCUGGUCUUCCUGGGGCACCUGGCCCAGCAGGUUUGUCUGCUAAAGCAAUUCCUGGACCUCAGGGUCCACCUGGACUUCCUGGAUCUGAUGGGUCUGCUGGCCUUCCAGGUCCUGCUGGAGCUCCUGGCCCACCUGGACCUCCUGGUGAGGUCAAUUUUGAGAAGGCCCAAGGUGAAACUACAUACCCAGUUCUUGUUAAGAGUCCUGUGUCUGCAUUCACUGUUGCAACUGUGACACCUUAUCCCCCAUCUGGUACCCCAAUUAAGUUUGAUCAGAUUGUAUACAAUGCAGAACAGCAUUAUGAUCCUGAGACGGGCUUGUUCACCUGUCAGGUUCCAGGAAUUUACUACUUCUCCUACAGCAUGCAUGUGAAUGGGGCUAAUGCUUUGGUGGCACUUUAUAAAAACAGUGAUCCAAUCAUGUUCACUUAUGAUGAGUACAACAAAGGAUUCCUGGACCAGAUGUCUGGAAGUGCUGUCCUUCAGCUCAAUGAGCAGGACACUGUUUAUAUCCAGAUCCCUGAUGAUGAGGCUAGCGGUGUAUUUGCUGCCGACAAUGUCCACUGCUCCUUCUCUGGGUUCCUGAUUGCCUCAACGUGAUAAGGUGAUCAAACCACAUCAUAUUCUAAAACCAUCACUAUUUCUCAAACAAAAUAUCCUGUUCUGCAAACAAUGAUGCAUAACAGACUGUGCUAUUGUUAUGAGAAAUACAAGCAUCUCAACUUGGAAAUUUCAAGUUGUGCCAAUAAGAAGGAAGUCAAUUAUGUAACAAGUUAUCAGGGAUAGAAAGAGUUAAUACCUAAAUAAUUACAUUUUGUGUGUGGAGAGAGCAUGUAGAAGUUUUCCUGAUCAUUUCAUGUCUUUUCCAAAAAAAAAAAUUGUUUUGAUUUUUGUAUUUGUUUUAUUUUUUGUUUUUUACUGAUCACAGAGGGUAAUUAAAAUAUUUGUCCCGAUUUCACUGUUAUUGAUUACCUUAUAUCUUUACUGAUAAAACUGAGAGAAUGCUGUUCCUGACAUCCUUAUAUCUGACUUGAAUAUUGUGAGAUGGUGAAAAUUAUCAAGAAAAUCAAAUGUUGCUUUCCCAAAGGCGUAAUUUUGCUCUGUAAACCAUAAUGGAUCGAAUAAACCAUUUCCUAAAGA